GGUGAAACUUUCGGACUGCACAUGUUUCCUGACGAUGAACAAUAAGGGAGGUCCAAGCUUUCUCCAAGCUUUCUCCAGACUCUCGUCUCGUCCUUUCGCGAACCACAACUUCAAAAACUAGUUACAGAACAUAACCAUCUACUAAGGAAUGCUCUUAUAACAAUACUUUACAAUCUUUGAUCAAUAACUUACCAUCAACAGCACUAACUCAAGUUAAACUCACAAGAUGUCUACCCCAGCGGCGAAACGUCGUCGAAUUGAAGCUGCAAGUACUCUCCAAAAACCCUUUCGAUCACCUUUCAAGACCCCAUUCAAAUCUCCUCUGAUUAAGGGCUCUCCAAAUACUCGAGCUUCCACUGCCGCCGCUGCAGCUUCCACUCCCUCACUCUCCAAGACUUCGACUUCUUACCCUGUCGUGAGCAUUCCAUCUCCAAAUACUGCGAUUCGCACCAAGAAAUCCUUCACAUCGCCCAUUUCAGCAGCAGUUAUUAAUGCUGACCCGGAUAUUGCGCCACUACUAAAGGAGCAGAGGGAAUUAGAGAAUCUGUUGAAGGAAGUGAAGGAGAAACUGGAUACGGCAGAACAGGCGAAGAAGAUUGAGAGGGGUAGUAAAGCUAAAGAUGAAAAUGGAAGUGGAGAGAUUGAUGGGGAGUUGGUAGAUUUGUGUGAGAAGUGGAGAAGCGCGAGUAGAUUGGCAGCAGAAGAGCUAUUUGGGCAGGUUAGAGAUAGGGUUAAUAGGAUGGGUGGACCAAGAGCUUGGAAGGAAAUGCAAAAGAAACAACAUGAAUACCAAAACAAUUGGGAUCAAGAUGAAGCCAAUAAUAAUGGUAACAAUAACUCUGAUGAUGAGGAAGAGGAGAGUAAGGACAAAGAAAAACGAGACCUCUAUGCAGAAUAUAGCAUUGACCCCGAAACGGAGAAUGAGAAAGCACAGAGAGCGCCAGGUCUCGGAGACACUGGAGAGAAUCCCGGAGAGGAAGAUGAAUUUACAAUGGCAAUGAUGCUGAGAACAUUAAAUGUAGAUUUAGCGGUGAUUGGGUAUGAUAGAGAACAACAGAGAUGGACUGAUUGAGUGACUAGUGGCCGUUGUUGCAUACUAUCAUAAGCAAAUAAAUUUUGCUCUCGAAGAACAACUUGCGCCGUCAUCUCUUGCUGUAAGAUCAAUACUAUUUUACUCUCAUGUAUAGUAUUGCUUCAAUGUUGUGGUAUUCCAAUGGCGAAAAGGAAGGCAAAAGGUCUCCAUGGUAUGAUUAGCCAGCCACCCUUAGCUAAUUGGUGCUGGUGAGAAUACGAAGCCACUUCUUCAGUUGCUGUUUGAGAUCAAGGGAAGAAAGAUGAGGUUAAUAGAAUGAGAUGCACAUAAGUGCCUUUGCUGGGUCAUUAUAUAGAUGCUCUAUAAUAAAAGACAUUUAUCUUUUCUUCUUGGAGACUUGCAGGCAGGGUGCAAAAACAGUCUUCCUCGAUGAAACUGCGAAUUAAAAAUCACA